CGCGGAGGGAGCAGCGGCGCCGUCGGUCCCCGUCGGGGCUCCGUGGGUCCCCGGCCCGCCCCCGGCCCGGCCAUGGCGGGCGCCAGGCCCGGCGUCCACGCGCUGCAGCUGGAGCCGCCCACCGUGGUGGAGACCCUGCGGCGCGGGAGUAAGUUCAUCAAAUGGGACGAGGAGGCCUCCAGUCGGAACCUGGUGACCCUGCGCGUGGACGCAAAUGGCUUCUUCCUGUACUGGACAGGACCCAACAUGGAGGUGGACACACUGGACAUCAGUUCCAUCAGGGACACACGGACGGGCCGUUACGCCCGCCUCCCCAAGGACCCCAAGAUCCGGGAGGUGCUGGGCUUUGGGGGCCCUGAUGCCCGGCUGGAGGAGAAGUUGAUGACGGUGGUGGCUGGGCCGGAUCCGGUGAAUACAACGUUCUUGAACUUCAUGGCCGUGCAGGAUGACACAGCCAAGGUCUGGUCCGAGGAGCUGUUCAAGCUGGCUAUGAACAUCCUGGCUCAGAACGCCUCCAGGAACACCUUCUUGCGCAAAGCAUACACGAAGCUGAAGCUGCAGGUGAACCAGGAUGGACGGAUCCCCGUCAAGAACAUCCUGAAGAUGUUCUCAGCAGACAAGAAGCGGGUGGAGACUGCGCUGGAAUCCUGUGGCCUCAAUUUCAACCGGAGCGAGUCCAUCCGGCCCGAUGAGUUUUCCUUGGAAAUCUUCGAGCGAUUCCUGAACAAGCUGUGUCUGCGGCCGGACAUUGACAAGAUCCUGCUGGAGAUAGGCGCCAAGGGCAAGCCGUACCUGACGCUGGAGCAGCUCAUGGACUUCAUCAACCAGAAGCAGCGGGACCCGAGGCUCAAUGAAGUGCUGUACCCGCCCCUGCGGCCCGCCCAGGCCCGGCAGCUCAUUGAGAAGUAUGAACCCAACCAGCAGUUCCUGGAGCGAGACCAGAUGUCCAUGGAGGGCUUCAGCCGCUACCUGGGAGGUGAGGAAAACGGCAUCCUGCCCCUGGAGGCCCUGGAUCUGACCGCAGACAUGACCCAGCCGCUGAGUGCUUACUUCAUCAACUCCUCGCAUAACACCUAUCUCACGGCGGGGCAGCUGGCCGGGACCUCGUCGGUGGAGAUGUACCGGCAGGCGCUGCUGUGGGGCUGCCGCUGCGUGGAGCUGGACGUGUGGAAGGGGCGGCCGCCCGAGGAGGAGCCGUUCAUCACGCACGGCUUCACCAUGACCACCGAGGUGCCGCUGCGGGACGUGCUCGAGGCCAUUGCCGAGACCGCCUUCAAGACCUCGCCCUACCCCGUCAUCCUCUCCUUCGAGAACCACGUGGACUCGGCAAAACAGCAGGCCAAGAUGGCCGAGUACUGCCGCUCCAUCUUUGGCGAUGCUCUGCUCAUCGACCCACUGGACAAGUAUCCGCUGGCCCCAGGCGUGCCCCUGCCCAGCCCCCAGGACCUGAUGGGCCGCAUCCUGGUGAAGAACAAGAAGAGGCACCAGCCCGGCACUGGCGGCCCCGGCAGCUCCGUGCGCAAGCGGCCGCUGGAGCAGAGCAACUCGGCCCUGAGCGAGAGCUCGGCCGCCACCGAGCCCUCCUCACCCCAGCUCGGGUCCCCCAGCUCUGACAGCUGCCCAGGCCUGAGCAAUGGGGAGGAGGUGGGCCUCGAGAAGCCCAGACUAGAGCCUCAGAAGUCUCUGGGUGAGGAGGGGCCACAGCGGGGCCCCGAUGCUGUUGGACCUACCGACCGUGAGGAUGAGGAGGAAGAUGAGGAAGAGGAGGAACAGACGGACCUCAAAAAGCCAACUACGGAUGAGGGCACCGCCAGCAGCGAGGUCAACGCCACGGAGGAAAUGUCCACCCUCGUCAACUACAUCGAGCCUGUCAAGUUCAAGUCCUUCGAGGCUGCUCGGAAGAGGAACAAGUGCUUCGAGAUGUCAUCCUUCGUGGAGACCAAGGCCAUGGAGCAACUGACCAAGAGCCCCAUGGAGUUUGUGGAAUACAACAAGCAGCAGCUGAGCCGCAUCUACCCCAAGGGCACGCGCGUGGACUCGUCUAACUACAUGCCCCAGCUCUUCUGGAACGUGGGCUGCCAGCUCGUGGCACUCAACUUCCAGACCCUGGAUGUGGCGAUGCAGCUCAACGCGGGCGUGUUCGAGUACAACGGGCGCAGCGGCUACCUGCUGAAGCCCGAGUUCAUGCGGCGGCCCGACAAGUCCUUCGACCCCUUCACCGAGGUCAUCGUGGAUGGCAUUGUGGCCAAUGCCUUGCGGGUCAAGGUGAUCUCGGGGCAGUUCCUGUCCGACAGGAAGGUGGGCAUCUACGUGGAGGUGGACAUGUUCGGGCUCCCGGUGGACACGCGGCGCAAGUACCGCACGCGGACCUCUCAGGGGAACUCGUUUAACCCCGUGUGGGACGAGGAGCCCUUCGACUUCCCCAAGGUGGUACUGCCCACACUGGCUUCGCUGCGCAUCGCGGCUUUUGAGGAGGGCGGCAAGUUCGUGGGGCACCGGAUCCUGCCGGUCUCUGCCAUCCGCUCAGGAUACCACUACAUCUGCCUGCGGAACGAGGCCAACCAGCCGCUGUGCCUGCCGGCCCUGCUCAUCUACACCGAGGCCUCCGACUACAUCCCCGACGACCACCAGGACUACGCAGAGGCCUUGAUCAACCCCAUCAAGCACGUCAGUCUGAUGGACCAGAGGGCCAAGCAGCUGGCCGCCCUCAUUGGGGAGAGUGAGGCUCAGGCUGGCCCGGAGACAUGCCAGGAGACCCAGUCUCAGCAGCUGGGGUCCCAGCUGACCCCAAACCCCACACCUGGCCCAGUGGACGCCUCCCCCCGCCGGCCCCCAGGCCCUGUCACCUCUCCCACUAGUCCCUCCCUCGGCAGCCCAGGCCAGCGAGAUGAUCUGGUCGCCAGCAUCCUCUCAGAGGUGACCCCCGCCCCGCUGGACGAGCUCCGGGGCCACAAGGCCCUGGUGAAGCUCCGGAGCCGGCAGGAGCGAGACCUGCGGGAGCUGCAGAAGAAGCAUCAGCGGAAGGCCAUGGCCCUCACUCGCCGGCUGCCUGAUGGCCUGGCCCAGGCCCGGGCUGAGGGCAGGUGCCGGCCGCAGCCGGGUGUCCUAGGCGGGGAGAAUGAGAAGGAGGAAGAGGAGGUAAAGCGGCAUCAAGAGUUCCAGAAGAGACAGGUGCAGAGUCUCCUGGAGCUGAGGGAGGCCCAGGCAGACACGGAGGCCGAGCGGAGGCUGGAGCACCUGAGACAGGCUCAGCAGCGGCUCAGGGAGGUGGUCCUGGAUGCACACACGACUCAGUUAAAGAGACUGAAGGAGAUAAACGAGAGGGAGAAGAAGGAACUGCAGAAGAUCCUGGACAGGAAGCGCCACAACAGUAUCUCAGAGGCCAAGACGAGGGAGAAACACAAGAAGGAGGCGGAACUGACAGAGAUUAACCGUCGGCACAUCACUGAGUCGGUCAACUCCAUCCGUCGGCUAGAGGAAGCCCAGAAGCAGCGGCAGGAGCGCCUUGUGGCUGGGCAGCAGCAGGUCCUGCAGCAGCUGGUGGAGGAGGAGCCCAAGAUGAGGAAACUGAGGCCCAGAGCAGAAGUCACGGGUGCCAGGCCACAGCUAAGUCAAGACAUCCUGACCCGGAGGCAGGGUGGGCCCGGACCCUCCAUGGCCCACCAGACUGUGCGGCCAGCCUGGAGGACCUGCUCCGUGCCUCCACUCCGGUCUGGGACAACGUGGAGUGGCAGAGACCCCACAGCCAGGGUGCGGCGGGGUUCUGCAGCGGGGUCAGGCUGGCACUUCUUCAAGGCCUCUCCCAGCUUCCUGGUGCUUCCCAAGCUGCCUGCCUCCCUCCUCCAGAGGAAGGCAGCCUCUUAUCUGGGCUUAUCUCCUGCCAAUUGACUUUUCGUUGUUUUUGCUGAAGCCUCAGGCACACAGAUGGGGUGGGGAGGCCAGAGAAACAGGACUCUGAGUAGGGCCAUCCCAGGGCUGGGGACCUCUGCCCUGGGCCCUGCUCCCUCAGGGUUAAUAACAUUGCCCAGGCCUUCCCUGCUUCUGAGGUCAGCCCUUGUCCUAUCCCCACAUCAGCCCACUGCAUUCCGUGUCCCGGCCUCUCUGCAGCCACCUCCUGUCUUCCUGACUCCGCUCGCCUCCACUUACGGAAACACUACAUGUCAGUCCCCGGGUCCUCAACAACCAGGCUAAACUCCCAACUCCUGGGUAUGACAUUCAAGCCCCUCAGAAGCCUGGCCUCUGCUGCUCCCCCAUCCUUCCAUGGGACCACUCCUUUCUGCCCAGAAUGACAGCCCCUUGUCCCACUUCUCCCUUCCAGUCCCAGUUGUAACUCACCUCCUCCCCGAAGCCCUCCUGACUUUCCCCUGCCGGAGGGAGCUGCCCUCACCCCAGUUCCGUCCCCUCUGUUAGAGCACCCAGCUGGCGGUAACCCCACUCGGAGAGGCUGGCUCUCCCCUCGUCAGGAAGCUUCGGAGGGCAGGGUCUGUGGCAUAAUUCAUGUGUGUGUAUCCAGUACAAAGCACUGGCUGGUCUAUGGGGGGCGCCAAUAAAUCUUUCUGGAAUUGA